GUAGGCUGUAGCUGUUGCACUCGAAGAACUUACUUCUACCGUCAACUCAUGUGAACGUCUGCUGACGGUCAGUCAAGAGUACUCCAUACGAAUACCAGCCAGCACACCGCAGAGUUGCUCCAAAGCAAUCAAGAUAUGGCGUCCGAUGGCAAACUCCUUGUCCAGAUUGCGACAUAUAACACGAACUUGCAGGGCAAUGCUGGUCUUCCACAGGACCUGGUGGAUUGGCUUGCCCCGACGCUAAAAGUCUCAAGCUUCCUGUCAAGGGGAAAGCAGGCACCAGACAUCGUUGCCGUGGGGUUCCAGGGAUUGUUGCCACUUCAUUUUGGACUGGCUGGGCUCUCGAAAAGCGUAAUUGGCUCUCGCGAUGCACUCAUUCGUUCGCAAAUUGAGGCAUAUGCACCGAAUAAGGAGAGCUACAUGCUUGUGGCGCGCAUUGUGAACGUUGGUACUGCACUGCUCGUGUAUGCGCGUGACGAGCAAAUUGGGCAACGUGUACGAGAUGUGCAAACUCAAUGGACAGGAUGUGGGCCUGGGUAUAUGGGUAACAAGGGUGCAGUGGCUGUUCGGUUCCGUUUGGCUGCCGAGAAGGAUGGAGAGCUUGGAGAGACCUUCACGUUCGUGGCCGCACAUCUUACAGCGCAUGCCGGGAACUUGGAGCGACGCGUUCAGGACUAUCACCAUAUCGUCUCAACCCUCCUCUUUCCUCCAAAUGCUGAAUCUGACAGUGUGGCGCCAUCAACGCUCUACGACACGUCGCAUCUCUUCUUCCUCGGUGAUCUGAACUUCCGCUUCUCCUUUCCUCCUUCACAUGCCUUUGCUGGUUCCUUGCUAUCUAGUCAUGCGCAACUUGUUGAGGCACUCAAAGACGACGUUCAAAGAGAAGUACUCAAGGAGUAUGACGAACUUUUCUGUGAACGAAGAAAGGGUCGUGUGUUCAUCGGGUUACGCGAGGGCGAAUUCUGGCAGUUUAAAUGCACCUUUAAGUAUAAGCUCAACACGGUUGAUCGAUACAGUGAGAAACGAUUGCCCGCUUGGACGGACCGUGUAUUAUACGCUUCAUACUUAGACUCACCAGAGACCUUAGAGAAGUCAAAUAUCGAGCCAUUGCUGUAUACCUCUAUACCCUCGUAUACCACUUCUGACCAUAAACCCGUCGUAGCCCUCCUCCUCGUGCCAACCCAAACAUUCUCCUCAUCGUCUACACCUUCAUCUACAACAGCUCAUAACAUUCCCCGGAUAGCCCUCCCAGCAACAUUCACACCCCAACCCGACCCGUACUGGAUUGUCAAGCGCUAUAUGGGCCGAACGCUCGAUAGGAUCGUCGGUGGACUGUGGACUUUGUUCUGGCUUGUUGGACUGGGAAAUGUUGCGUUUGGCAUGGUCAAUUUCUUGGUUGGCGUGUUGGCGUGGAGGUGGAUGGGAGGUACUAGAGGUGUGAGUAAUGGCAAUAAUGUAGGUGCUGGUGGGGAGGUGUGA